CUUUGCUGAAAUUGUCUCAUUGUUUCCGAAGACCACGCGGGGUCCACACGUGAACACACUGGAUUGUUUUUAUAAUGGCAACCAACAAUUUCUACUUUCUUCUUUUGUCCCUAUGCACAGACGUGGUUUUGGCUCUCUCAGAGAGCCCUGUGUCGUGCUAUAAGAUUGAACCUGGGACAGUAGCCGGCAUCAUCAGUGUGGACAUCAUACUCACCCUCUUAAUAGUCGCUGUGACUUACCAUUGUGCCCGAAAUCAGCAGCAAAGGGCUACAAAGGUUGAGAAAGUGUACAUGAAUGUUCGGGCAAAAUGCAAGACCUAAAACGACCACAAAUGUAACUACUUUACUACUUUACUUU